AAAAAUAAAAAUUACAAAAUCCGAGUACGACCCGGGUACCUGGAUUUCUGGGUUUCAAAAAUCCGGAUUAUUCUGGGUACCGGCCCGGGUUUGACACAAUUUCAUUAUUGUUUUCAAAAUUUUUGAAAUAUAUGAGAGUUUAAAUUCUUGUUUUUAAGCACAAUUUUAUUCAUAUUUGCUCAGAUCAAAUCAAGAUUUGAACCCGAGACUCAGACAGCGGCCACAACAUCGUACUACAACCGUAUGGCAGCCAUAGUUUGUUUAACUAACGAGACCCAGUUGGUUCAAGCAAUAUGCGCAAUUGUAGUAAAGGGUUAUUGGAAUAACCUCUUAAAACCCAAGAUUAGUUCCACUCUCACUUCAACCGCCACCCACCAGGUACUCCUGCAGCUCUCCUUUUAUAGUUAUGGUCCUUCCCUUCUUUCUUGGGCAUUUUUCAAGUGGGUUGAAUCGGUUCCCAACUAUAAGCACUCUUUGCAAUGUUCAUGGACUAUGAUUCACAUCCUCACUAAGCACAAGCACUUCAAAACUGCACAAGACUUGCUUGAGAAAAUUGUGCGCAAGGAUUUUCUGUCGUCGCCAUCAGUUUUGAAUGCUCUAGUGAGAGAUUACGAUGACCUGCAUGCGAAUUCGCAGGUUUUGAGCUGGCUUGUGAUAUCUUACAGCAGGUCGAAGAUGACCCAGGAUGCAAUACAAGUUUUUGAGCACAUGAGGGCACAUAGGUUUCAGCCUCAUUUGCAUGCUUGUACCGUGCUUUUGAACUGUUUGGUUAAGGAUAGGAUGACUGAUAUGGUUUGGAAAGUUUAUAAGAAGAUGCUUCGGAUGGGGGUUGUUCCCAAUAUGCACAUUUAUAAUGUGUUAAUUCAUGCUUGUUGCAAGUCUGGGGAUGUGGAGACUGCAGAAAAUUUGUUGAGUGAGAUGGAAUUGAAGUGUGUUUUUCCUGACAUUUAUACCUAUAAUACAUUGAUCUCGUUGUAUUGCAAGAGGAGUAUGCACUAUGAGGCUUUGGCUGUACAGGAUAGAAUGGAAAGAGGAGGAGUGAGUCCUGAUAUCGUAACUUUUAAUUCCCUCAUUUAUGGGUUGGCUAGGGAAGGUAGAAUGAGAGAGGCUGUAAGGCUUUUCCAUGACAUUAAAGAUGCUACUCCUAAUAAUGUGACAUACACUACAUUAAUUGAUGGGUAUCUCAGAGUAAAUGACCUUGAAGAAGCUUUAAGAUUGCGCAAGGUGAUGGAGGCUACAGGGUUGUACCCUGGAGUUGUUACAUAUAAUACAAUUCUCCGCAAGUUGUGUGAGGAUGGCAGGAUAAAUGCAAAUAAGCUCUUGAAUGAGAUGAGUGAGAGAAGAGUUGAACCAGACACUGUUACAUGUAACACACUGAUCAAUGCUUACUGCAAGAUAGGAGAUAUGAGGUCUGCAUUAAAAGUGAAGAACAAGAUGUUGGAGGGUGGACUAAAACUGGACCAGUUUACUUACAAAGCAUUGAUUCAUGGAUUUUGCAAAGUGCAGGAGAUGAACAGUGCUAAAGAGCUCUUGUUUUGCAUGCUUGAUGCAGGGUUUUCUCCAAGUUACUGCACCUACUCUUGGAUUGUAGACAGUUAUUGCAACCAAGAGAAUGAAGAUGCAGUGAUAAGACUCCUGGAUGAGCUGGUGAAAAGAGGUCUGUGUGUUGAUGUCUCAGUGUACAGGGCACUGAUAAGAAGGUUAUGCAGGAGAGAAAGGGUUGACUGUGCUGAAAAAAUAUUCGUUCUUAUGCAAGGGAAGGGUAUAUUGGGAGACAGUGUUGUAUACACUAGUCUGGCAUAUGCUUGCUUGAAAGCUGGGAAGGCAAACGUAGCUUCCAAAAUGUUGGACGAAAUGGCUAAAAGGAGGUUGAUGAUAACACUUAAGAUAUAUAAAUCUUUCAAUGCUUCUAGUGCUGGUGACAACAGCAUCUUACCUCUCUUUUGGAUCAUGUGGCUGAGAGAGGUUAAUGUCCAAAAAUAUUAUUAAAGAAUGCGGCAGAUGAGUGUAGCUUUGUGAAGGAACCUUGGAGGUGUUUAUGUAUUGAAGACAACUUUUUUUCAUCCCAGAAAAGAUGGUAACAGAAACCUCUUCGGUUCCAGCCUGUUGUAAUAUCUCUUGACUGGAUACCCUGAUAACUGGUCUCUAUAAUGUUUGCCAGCCAAGCAUCAUUGUGGAGAACCUAAUAUGAUGAAGGUUAUCAUUUUGGGAAUGCAAAUUCACUUGCCAUCCAGCUUUUCUAUGCUUCCUCAUCUCUUGAUGGCAGACACGUACUGGAGUUUAUUUCCAAAUUUCAACAGUAAUUUCUUCAUCAUUACAGAACCAUCUUAGGCCGACUCUCUUUGCCAUCAGUUUGAGCUCUUUAGUCAAGGAAGUAACCCCUUAUUCUUUAACGUUGCAGGCAAAGCUAGGCAAAACGUGAUUUUAGUAUUCUCCAAGUUGACAUGGAACACCAUCCAAUUCAGCUGUGAUAUCAACCUCAUUUUGGUAUUCUCUAAGUUGCCUCUUGGAUUGCUUUCUUACUGAAGGUGCUGCAAAUAAUGGCCAUUGCCAGUUCAGUAAUGAGGUGAUGGAGAAAAGGUUUGCUACCUCCUAAGAUGCAAGCAUCUUCCUCCUAGGGCACUGUAAAGGAAGAGGCAAGUGAGCUUAUGGAGAAUUUGGGAAAAUCUGGGUCCAAUCUAGAUCACAGGACAUGGGCUUCUUUCAUAGAGGGGCGCUGAGUAACUGGCGACCUUGAUAAGGCUUAUGGUUGUUUCCAAAAUAUGGUUGAAAAAGAGGGAGUCUCUUCUUCUGGUUAUGCAUUUAACAUUUUGAUAAAUUCGUGUUGCCAAAAGAAUAGGGCAAUAGAUGCAUGCAAGCAUCUGGUUGAUCUGGUCAGUGUAAAACGCUUAAAACCUUGGCAUGCUAAAUAUAAAGAGUUGAUAAGUAAGUUGCUGGUUCAGGGUGGGUUUAAAGAUGCUUUAAAUCUUUUGGGUUUGAUGAAAAAUCUAAGGUUUCCACCGUAGUGGAUCCAUUUAUCAAGUUUGUAUCAAAGUCGUGAACUGGUGAUGAUGCGAUUGUCUUUCUGAAGCAAAUGACUUCAAAGAGGUAUCCGGCAACAUCAUGUUUGAAGCCUUCUUCAAGGCUGGCAUACCGAAGCCGGAAAUUUCCUUUCCAAAUGCCCAGGUUUCAUGCACAACCAUGCAGAUGUCUUGAGUCUCUUCCAUUCCUCUCAGCCCAGAAAAAUGUGGCUGCUUAGGCAUUGUUGGGCUGUAUUUUGUGAUUUUAUCAUGUGAGAAUAAUGUAGCAUGGUAUUUCAUCAAGAAAUUUUGGUAUGAAUAUUUUCUUCUC